ACGCGUAUUCUGUUGUUUUAUAGGCUGGCGUUCUCCCUUUAUGAACGCCUCAGCGGCUUUGCAAUGUGAUUGGCUGAUCCGCUUGUUUUAGGUUCUGGACUGUUCUGAGGAAAGAGCUUAACAGCAGCACAUCGUUUGUGAGGAGAGCUAGUGUCUGCAGUAAGUGCGCACAUACCAGAGAGAAGAGACAAGCUGCUACAUAACAGCUGAUUGACAGCCGUACGCGAGGAGCUGCUAAAACCAUGUCAAAGGGACCAGCAGUUGGCAUUGACCUGGGGACUACCUACUCCUGUGUGGGGGUCUUUCAGCACGGCAAAGUUGAAAUCAUUGCCAAUGAUCAGGGUAACAGGACCACACCCAGUUAUGUAGCAUUUACAGACACAGAGAGGCUGAUUGGAGAUGCUGCCAAAAAUCAAGUAGCAAUGAACCCCACCAAUACAGUUUUUGGUAAGAAAUCCCGUUAUGCAUACAGUGUCUUUUUAUCUAUUCUUGUUACGUUUAAGUUCAAUACGAAUAUCAGUGUAGUUGCUGAGUUUGCCUUAUGUUUUGUAGAUGCAAAACGACUGAUUGGCCGGAGGUUUGAUGACACUGUUGUGCAGGGCGACAUGAAGCACUGGCCAUUCACAGUUACCAAUGACAAUUCCCGCCCCAAAGUUCAAGUUGAAUACAAAGGGGAGACCAAAGCCUUUUACCCAGAGGAGAUUUCUUCAAUGGUCCUUACAAAAAUGAAGGAAAUUGCAGAGGCAUAUCUUGGCAAAACUGUCACAAAUGCCGUUAUUACCGUACCUGCUUACUUCAAUGACUCUCAACGCCAGGCCACAAAGGAUGCUGGGACCAUCUCUGGCCUUAACGUUCUGCGAAUUAUAAAUGAGCCCACUGCUGCUGCCAUUGCUUACGGCCUGGAUAAGAAAGUUGGUUCUGAGAGAAAUGUCUUGAUCUUUGAUCUUGGAGGUGGCACUUUUGAUGUAUCCAUCCUUACUAUUGAGGAUGGCAUCUUUGAGGUCAAGUCUACAGCCGGAGACACUCAUCUUGGUGGUGAAGACUUUGACAGUCGCAUGGUCAACCAUUUCAUCUCCGAGUUCAAGCGCAAAUACAAGAAGGACAUCAGCGACAAUAAGAGGGCCGUUCGCCGUCUUCGCACAGCCUGUGAAAGGGCGAAACGCACCCUGUCCUCCAGCACUCAGGCCAGCAUUGAGAUCGACUCUCUUUAUGAAGGAAUUGACUUCUAUACUUCCAUCACCAGGGCUCGUUUCGAAGAGCUAAAUGCCGAUCUCUUCCGCGGUACACUGGAUCCGGUAGAGAAGUCCCUCCGUGAUGCCAAACUGGACAAGUCUCAGGUUCAUGACAUUGUCCUCGUUGGAGGGUCCACCCGUAUCCCGAAGAUCCAAAAGCUCCUACAGGAUUUCUUCAAUGGGAAGGAACUGAAUAAGAGCAUCAAUCCAGAUGAGGCUGUUGCUUAUGGAGCAGCUGUCCAGGCAGCCAUUUUAUCUGGAGACAAAUCUGAGAACGUCCAAGACCUGUUGCUCCUGGAUGUUACCCCUCUGUCCCUUGGUAUUGAAACUGCUGGUGGUGUUAUGACCAUCCUGAUCAAACGUAACACUACCAUCCCAACCAAACAAACGCAGACCUUCACCACUUACUCGGACAACCAGCCUGGUGUCCUCAUUCAGGUGUACGAGGGCGAGAGAGCCAUGACUAAGGACAACAACUUGCUUGGAAAGUUUGAGCUGACCGGCAUCCCUCCAGCUCCUCGUGGCGUCCCACAGAUAGAAGUCACCUUUGACAUCGAUGCCAACGGCAUCAUGAACGUGUCCGCUGUGGACAAGAGUACCGGCAAGGAAAACAAGAUCACUAUUACAAAUGAUAAAGGUCGUCUAAGCAAGGAGGACAUUGAGCGCAUGGUCCAGGAAGCCGAGAAGUACAAGGCCGAGGAUGAUGUCCAAAGAGAAAAAGUUUCUGCUAAAAAUGGCCUUGAAUCCUACGCCUUCAAUAUGAAGUCAACGGUUGAGGAUGAGAAGCUCAAAGGCAAGAUCAGUGACGAGGACAAGCAGAAGAUCCUCGACAAGUGCAAUGAGGUCGUAAGCUGGCUGGACAAAAACCAGACUGCUGAAAAGGAGGAGUUUGAGCAUCAGCAGAAGGAGCUAGAGAAGGUGUGCAAUCCUAUCAUCACCAAGCUGUACCAGAGUGCCGGUGGAAUGCCGGAAGGAAUGCCCGGAGGCUUCCCGGGAGCAGGAGCUGCCCCUGGUGGAGGAGGAUCCUCUGGACCAACCAUUGAGGAAGUUGAUUAAUUCAUUAUAAGAAAGUUUCAUGUUGUGUGGAGCACCUUACUGUGUUGUGUUGUCUUUGGAGCACUUUAAUGCAUUGCAUUGUUUAUCCCUGGCAUGUUAAAAUCUCAAACCAUGAAUUGUGAGUUCACGAGCACUUAAAAGCAGAAUCGAGCAGAAUGUUAAUAAGUUUAUGUUAAAGAUUUAUAUUGAAAAGGCUGCUUGUGCAUCAUUCUGUGUCUAACCUUGACAAUAAAGGUUCCUGUGUUCACUGUGUAAA